AUGUCGGGCAAGCUGCUUCUGCAGUGCUUGCAACAAUUCCUGGAGAAACAGCAACUUCAGGAAAAGAUUGCUAACCUGGCUUCCCAGAUUGGUGUUGGGCCUGAUGGAGACAGCGCAGACCUCCUCGCUAAGAUCAACUCUCUGGUGACGGAAUCAGAGGGAAGGAGGCUACAGGCAGAGAAGAAGGCCAAGGCUUUCCAAGAUCGGUUCCUGGACUCAGAGAUCGAAGUCCAGAUCUUGAAGAUGGAACUGGCGGAGGCCAGAAAGCAGAGAGAUGCUGCUUUAAAGAAUCUUCAAGAUAUGACUUGGGAGCCAGUUGAGAGCUCUUCUCCUGCCAAUGGAGCAGCUACCAGAGUCUCUUGGUAUUCUGGAGACAACCAUCAGUCACUGUCUUCGGCACCAUUAGACCAUGGAGUAGCAUCCAUCCCACCAUACAACCCAUCUACACUAGACACAGCACCGUACAACCCAUCUACACCAGAAACCGCACCUUACAACCCAUCUACACCAGAAACCGCACCUUACAACCCAUCUACACCAGACACAGCACCAUACAACCCAUCUACACCAGAAACAGCACCAUACAACACAUCUACACCAGAAACAGCACCAUACAACCCAUCUACACCAGAAACAGCCCUCAUUGACACCUUGUCAUUACCCCUUGCACACCCAGAACCUAGCCGACAGGUCAGUGGUUCUGGAGCAGCAGUUGGUACCCCUCCAACAGUACCACUCUCUGCUCAAGCCCCUGUAGUGGUUCACCAUCAAACACCAAACACAGUCUCACGAACUACACCAGUGAGCUCAGCUGUUGGUGUUGCCACAUCUCCUUCUAGCGGUUCAACUGCCCCUGCCCUUGUCCCGGCAUCUUCCUUCGUCCAGGAAAUGGUCGAUCUGAAGUCCUUCCUUCCAGGAGGUGGGGACGUCUUCCUGGGCAGCGGAGUAAACGGAACAGUCCAUCUCUUCCGUCAUCGUGUGACCGACCAUCCCAUCGCAUUGAAGACCUUCGAGCUCCCAAACGAUUUUGAGGAGAUGACUAAGAAGGUCAAGGUCAUCCAGUCCGAAGCUUUCAUCCUCGACAUUCUUGGCAGAGAGGAGUGCUUCCCGACUUUCCUUGGAUGCUUGGAGAUCAGCACAGGUACGAUUGGCCUUGCGAUGGAUUUCAUCGGGGACACGACUACGGGUGAGACCUGGACACUCAGCCGUGGCAUGAGAGAGUUAGUACUGAGUCAACAAGAAUGGUUCAGUCUGGCUCUCGACAUUGCCAAGUCACUUGGGGUGAUUCACGAGAAAGGCUUUUUGAUGAACGACCUCAAGGAAGACAACUGCUUGCUUCGUAAGGCCACAACUGGACGGUGGCAGGCAGUUAUCGUAGACUUUGGGCUGGCUUGUUCCCGAACCGAACCCUUCUCCUUUUGCUUUUCCAUCGAGGAUAAGGAGAAGUACCAAAAAAAGGAGAUCUAUACCCACAUUGCCCCAGAAUGCGCCCUCGAUGACCAUCCGAUCUCUGUCUCGAGCGACGUGUUCCAACUCGGCCGUCUGUUGACCAUGAUGGGAGAUCGUACGAACACCGCCGAUCUCACCGCCAUCGGGAACAUCUGUCGGCAGACUACCCACCUCUGCCGACCCACCAUCGACGAGAUCGUCGACGAGCUCGAGAGGGUAAUGUAG